AUGAGGUUGCAAGAACUUCAAGAUGCUAUAAACAAACUUCCAUUGAGACAUCCAAUUGACGUCAAAUUGUAUUGGAGAGCAUCUGAGUUAGGUCAGAAGGUUUUAUAUGAAACAGGUUGCUUCGACGAUGUUUAUGAGAUAACAGGAGAAGUUUCUCAGAAGAUAAGAGACUCACUUGAAUUUCCACAAACUGGACCAAUUGGUUGCGACAAGUUCGACUCAGAUGAAAAGAUAUACUAUGUCGACCUUAACGCUGCAUACAUGAGGUUUGUCCAAUAUAUUCCGACUGGAAUUCCAAACGAAGAUGGUGAGUUCCCGGGAAGGAACUAUACAGUUGGAAAAGUCAUACAACAACUGUAUGAUAUUAGGAAAGCUUCAAACCCCAAACUUGCAAUGACACUCAAAUUGCUUAUGAAUUCGACAUGGGGAUAUUCCAUUAAGAAACCUCAAGAGAUGAAGAGUAAACAUUAUGAGAAGGUCGACAACUUUGUUGAAAGGUUUUCUCCUUUUGUUUUGAAGUACGAAUUCACUCAAGGUCAAAGUGGCUUAGUAACCACAUUAAAACCUAUUGUCGAACAUUGGUCUUACCCUCAGUUCGCAAAGGCAGUCCUUGACGAGUACAACAAAUUCUUCUCCGAAGUCAAAUCGAAAGUCAAGGUUUACUAUGAGAACAUUGACGCACUCAUGACGAACGAAGAAGGCUAUAACAAACUCAUUGAAAUGGGUUUAGUCGGUGAAAAGAUGGGCUGUUUUAAGCUAGAUAAGGUAUUUUCCGAAGUUCAUGUAAUAUCGAAAAGGAAAUAUUGGGGCAUACUUGAAGAUGGCACAGAAAUAAAACAUUGCAUGAAGUAA